AUGCUGAAACGUGCCGCUGACGAGUACGCAAAGGCACUUCUUGCAUGUGUGGCGAGCACGGCCGUUGACAGCACUCGUUGCAAUGUGUUGGCCAAUGACCAGCGAAAUAUUCAUUUCCUUGAGGCGCUCAAUUCUGGCGCUGCUGGUGUCCCACAUACGUCUUUGCAGGAAACGUCUGCUAAAAUUAUUCCCUUGGUAAACUCAUAUGAGACCUCAAACCAUCUCACCCAUGCAGUUAUCCCUAUUGGCGUAAUCGGCGUCAUAAAUACCACAAGUAACUCAUUGUACUUUUGGCAGCUCAACAGCAAUGGAAGGAAAAGAGCAAGCGAUAAAAGAGGUAAAGACCAGAAGCUCCAACUAAAAAUCCAGAACGAACAGACGUUGGAGGCUGCUGCCCUGUCGGGUCGUUGCGUCUCGAGAAAACGAGACAAAGGCGAAGUUGCUGCAGAAAGCGACGACGUCGUGAACGUUGACGGCUGCAGUAAUGACAUGUCGUUCGACGAGGAGGACUUCAUCGAAGCCAAGAUGAGUCGAAAUGCAGCCAAAGAAGAAAGAGACCUAGAAGAACUUAGGAGCCAGCGUGCACGGUUCGUAAAGGCGGCCAACGAGUGGAUGCACGUCUUUAACAUCUUGAAGAUGUUGUGA